AUGGGUGGCAUUACUCAAGGUCGCAGACCCCCAGCUGAAACGCUUUUAACCUUGAGGAAAGUGGCCAAGUUUCCAGAGUUUCUUAACAAGAGCUCUCAGAUUACAGACACUCAGCCAAAGCCAGAAACAUUUAAUAUUGGCUUGGAACAGUUUCAGUGGGAGCCCUUUCCACUUUACCGCAGAGAGGUCUACGCGAUCGAUCGCAGGAUUCCUCAAAACGUAGAGGACCCAACUACCAGUAUAGCAGAACGAGAAAUUAAUGACGAUGAGCGAUCCAAUACCAUUUCUCCCGUUCCUGAGCAGACGCCCCUCGUAGCCAAUGAGCACACCCCUAAAGGAUCAAAAACGGGGCGUGGCAAGGGACAUUCCUCUAAGGAUUGUGGGAAGAAGAUUAAAAACUCUCCAAGCACUCGCCGUCAGAACUCACCCAGGACUUUCGCACCAGCAGCCGGGCAGCAGCAGUUAGGCUUGCGAGAGCUUUGGGAAAAGACUUCUACACAGAGCCAGCAGAAAAGCACGAGAGAAAGUGAAAAGGCUUCCAAUAAGGACACCCUGGCACAAAAAAGGACCACAUCACUAUUACCUUCCCAAGGAAGUCCUGCUCAUUCCAGCGUCAGUGGCCUUCAGCAGAAGCCAGCGUGCCGGAAUGAAGACAUCUCGAUGCUUGACUGCUGUCCCAUGUGUCAGUCCCACUUCACUGGAACGUUGUCACAACUGGACCGUGACAGUCAUCUUGCUAAAUGCUUGUCUGAGAGUACGGAAGAUGUGAUUUGGUAACUUAACAAGAAUCAAGAAGUCAUCUGAGAAACAGGCAGUGUUGACAGAGAAAUUUAGGGAGUCUCACACCUGAUUACUGUGCUUAACAAGAAAAGCAGAAGUUCAAGGGGACACUUAAUUCAUCUUCCAUUAUGCUGUAAACUCUGUUUGCAUCCAGAUCUUGCAGUGGGACUACUUGGGGAGUAUCAGUGGGAGAAUCAAAGGAAUCUGCAUGCACAUCUGGUUACACUAUGGCUUUGCACACAAACGAGUAUUAUUGAAGAAUGUGUUUCAUAG